GGACGGUAAAAUUGUAUAAUUUUAAAUUAUAGAUUAUUAUAGCAAAAAGAACAUUAUAAACAUUCAUCCGCUAUCCUUGAGGCCCAGUCUAUUUAUAUUGUCCCGGGCACAUAAAAUGUCAGGACCGGACCUGCCUCAGAGGAAAGUAUUAUUCAACUCAAAUCUAGUGCAUAAAUCCAAACAUCUGCUCCAAAUGAUUCUUCGAUUCUCCUCUGCUUAGAAGAGAGUGGGGGAAAGCUCGCUAUUCGGUUGAAAUAAAAGUCCAGAACUGAAAUAAUAAAACAAAAUUGAAAAUAGAAAAAUUUAAAAGUGAAAAGGAAAAACAGCCAAGACAUUAAUGAUAUACAGGCCACAAAAGUGGCCCAACACUAAGAGCAUCUCCAAUGGUUCUCUUUUGAGUGAAGAUAAAUUUUGCCAAAUGUCAAUUAUUUAAAGCAGUGUGUUUCCACAUAAGAUGCACAUCAAAAGACAUUAAUAAGAGGUGUCCAAUGCAUGAUGUUGAUCAAUUAAUGGAACUACCUUUUAAAAAGAAAAUUUAAACACAUAUCGAAAUAAACUCAUAAACGGAAAUCCUUGGUUUCCGUAAACCUAUAUACCUAAACCCAUAAACCAAAUCAUGGGCAGCCAUAUCACUCCAAGGCAUAAAACAGGAACGAAGUAUCAAAGUUGAGCUAAUGUCAUCUGAAGAAUCUGAAUUCAGCUCCACUGCUGCAUCAUCAUCAAGCACAGAGUCACUUUCUCUUAUCAAGUCAAUUUUUAGGGAUGAUGAUGAAGAAGCUGACUCAUUCAUGGUUGAAACUGCCACGGUUCAGGUUCCAAUUUUGAUUUCAACGUUUUUAACAGGUAAAAAACGUGGACAUGGGGGCUCAACUGUUGGUAGACAAUACAUUUAUCGUGAUAGGAAAGAUCGCCAUGAUUUGAUUAAAAGUGACUACUUCAUUGGUGAGAAGUCAAAGUAUACUCCAGAUAAGUUUCGUCGUCGAUUUCGUAUGGAUAUUAAGCUAUUCGAGCGAAUUUUGCAUGCAGUAGAAAAUUACGAUAAUUACUUUACACAAAAGGUUGAUGCCGCUGGAAAAUGAUAGAUGGGUGGCGUAAAUUGGUUCAUAUUGUGAGGUGGGAUAGAGUAUGCAGUAGGUGGGUUGAAUUGAUUCAAACUGUGCGAUGUCAUGGUGUAAUUGGAUGGAGGAUUAAAUUGGUUCAUGCUCAUUGGGGGCAUGGAGUAACUAGUAGGCUGCCUAGUAUUUGCAAACUCAGACAAGUCUUGUGAAUCCAUUUAUGCUGCUUUGAUAAAUAAAUUUAGUCAUUACAGUACCAUAACACAUUAAACAAAGCAAUACGAAGCAAAGGAUUAUUAUGAUACUUUUACCUCCAUCACAGUUGAAGGAAUCCAAAUAACUAGUUCAUUCUAAACUAUUAAACAAUAGAGUGGAAUCCUAAUAAUAGCACAUCAUCCAAAUAUAAGUGAAGUAUAUCAUUCUAAACUACGUAGUAAUUAAUAAUAGAUAGCAUUGCAUUGUUCAGCUUUCAAUUUUAUUAGCAUGUAAUUCCAUUUGCAGUGUGUUUUUUAUAUUCAUGUGUACUUUUAUGUUUGCAUACGAAUUUUCAUUUACACAAGUAAAAGACAUUUUUUUUCCAAAUUGGUAAAUCACAAAUUCAAUAUUCAUAGAAUUCAUUUAUCACAAAUAACAAUUCAAAUAAAAUAAGAACAACACUCUGUAUAAGAAAUCCAAAGUACUACGGUUCUGCCAAAUAAACAAAAGUAAAGUAUUUACAUGAGUUUACUAGUUCCAAAAUUGCAGAAGAAGAAUGGUAGUUUCCGCCCAAAAUCCGUGUUUCAUCUACCGGCAAGCAUCGGGAAUUAACAAAAAGUAAAACAAUACGGAGUAUAAGACAAACCCCACCCACCCAAAUCAAAUCUAUUAUAUUCCAUUUGUUUGAGAAAUAAAAUAAAGCAACAUGAAAUCAGAAGUAAAAUACCUCUAAUUAGAAGAACUCUCACCGGCCGGAUAUGAAACAACUCUCACCGGAAGACUUGGAUAAGAACACCUGGGGAAAUGGACACGGUGACUUGAGUUUCUGGCUGAGGCGGCCAAUAAUAUAUACACUGCUGUGAAAAUAGUGAGAUUCAUAGAAUUAGGUUUGGGCGGGGGAAUUGCCGCCACUUUUUUCAGAGAUGGAGUGCUUUUUUUUUUUGCGGAAUUGUGCGUAAAUGGCUCUCACAGCGUGAAACUUGCUUUCAGAAAACCAACAGAGAGGUCGAAAGCGUUGGAUACAGGUCAGAUUAAAAGGAACCGUCAAAGAGUGGGUUGGAGAUGAAAAAAUCACCACACUUUUUAUAUUGAUGAUGUGGCACAAAAUUUUAACGUCCAAAGAGCUCCACUGGAGAUGCUCUAACAAAAGGAUCGAAAGCGGUGGCUGUGAUGCUCUUCCGGUGUCCGCGUCUUCCUCCGCGCAAUCCAUAUCGUCCAUCGACCAGACAAGGACGAGCCAAAGAGCAACCACUGCCCAGCCUCCGGCGCACCGCUUCGACAGACCCACCGCGGUACCACCGACCUUCCACCGCUGCCGCACCCCUCCGCCUCACCGCCAUACUACUUCUGAUCGACCAUUCAUUACUCUUCCAUAUCCAGUGAAUUGGCCAUCGCCUAUCACCAUCAGACUUGGCACAACUUUCUCAAUUAGUCAGUGUCCCUUAUGCGUACUGCUUCUUUAGUGAACUAUAGUGGAUUUCGGUUUCUUCAAAGCUGCAUCAACGGUCUUCUUCAACUUCCCCGUACUUCCUCUACACCGUUCCCUCUGCAGUCCAGCUUUCGCAUAUUAACUAUAAUGGAUUCACACAAAAACCCAACCUCUUCUUUUUCUGGGUUUGCACCUUCAAAGCACAGCCACGGUAGAGGGAGAGGAUUUAAUGCAAGGGGUAACAGUGAAAGGUCGAGCAGUCUUGGUGGUGGCUCUGGAAAAGAUAAAGUCGAUGCUCUUGGUCGGUUACUAGUUCGAAUUCUUCGUCACAUGGCUUCAGAGCUAAAUUUGAAUAUGAGGAGCGAUGGGUUUGUCAAGGUCCAAGAUCUAUUGAAACUACAUCUAAAAACAUUUGCCAAUAUUCCAUUGAGGUUGCACACAGUUGAUGAUAUCAAAGAGGCAGUCAGAAAAGAUAACAAACAAAGGUUAAGCUUGUUAGAAGAAAGUGGAGAGCUUUGGGUUCGUGCAAACCAAGGGCACUCAAUAGAGACGGUUGAAACAGAAAGCUUGUUGAAACCAAUCAUUUCAGCUGAAGAAGUGCCAGUUUGUGUGCAUGGGACAUACAAGAAGGAUUUGCAAUCGAUUUUAGAGCAAGGUCUCAAACGCAUGAGAAGAUUGCAUGUACACUUCUCAUGUGGCUUACCAACCGAUGGUGGUGUAAUUAGUGGAAUGAGGCGAGAUGUCAAUAUGCUCAUCUUUCUGGAUGCCAAAAAAGCAUUGGAAGAAGGAAUGAAGCUUUACAUCUCAGAAAACAAAGUCAUCUUGACUGAAGGUUUUGAUGGAGUAGUGCCGGUGAAGUAUUUUCAGAAAAUAGAAUCAUGGCCAGACAGAAAAUCUAUCUCAUUUCGUACUGUUUAGUCUUUUAUGAUAUCUACGUUUUUUGUAUUUGUUACAUUUAUAAUCUUUGUUUUUACAUUAUGUUUUGGCGUGUCUAUGAAAUUGCUAGAGAUAUGUUAAUUAAUUGAAAUGCAAUUAUGUGACAUCAAAUCAUCCUUACGCUCAAUGGCAAACUCACCUUGUG